AUGGCAACGACGCAACCACCACCUCCUCCUCCCGUCGCCACCGCCACCGCCUCCGAUGUAAACCAAGGUGCUGAAUCUAUCCAACCAACAAACAUGGAUCAGCAAAAUGCUGUAGAUGAGUCUGUUAAACCCAGUUCAACUACAUCAGACUUCGUGAACUCAGAACCAUUGCGGGAAGAACAAGUUCAGAAUGCUGUGAAAUUUCUGUCACACCCAAAAGUUAAAGGUUCGCCCGUCAUGUACCGGCGGUCAUUUUUGGAGAAGAAGGGCCUUACAAAGGAGGAGAUUGAUGAAGCCUUUCGGCGUGUGCCUGAUGCGGCUCCAACUGUGCAGACAGAUGGUGGAAAUCAAGAUGGGCGAUUGAAAUCAUCAUCAAAUGUUCAGCAACAGGCCCAACAGCAAACUUUGCAGCCAGUUUUACCUGCUUCUGCUGGUGUUAAUACUUCAUCCGGAACCUUAGCACGAACCAAAUAUCACUGGUCCCAUGCCCUUAUUUUAGUUGGAGUCCUGACUGCAUCAGGUGCUGGAACAGUUUUGAUAAUUAAGAAUUCCCUUCUUCCUCGGUUAAAAUCUUGGAUACGCAAGGUCGUCUUAGACAACGAUGAUGAACUAUCAAAGGAAACUAACAACAAACCAACCCUGGCUGAAGAAGUUGCUCAAGCUGCAAAGUCAGCAGCAGCUGCAGCUGCAGAUGUGGCAAAAGCAAGCCAAGAUAUGCUGGCUUCAAAGGGUGAAGAAAGGAAAUACUUUGUGGAAGUUGUGAGUCUUUUAGAUAAGCAAAUACAAGAAAUGAAGUUAAUGACAAAUGCAAUAAGAAGAUUGGAAGGGCAAGAAGAUCUCCGAGUCAGUCAAACAAGUUCCAAGCGACUGGUUGCGAAUGGCAAGGCGGACUUUGACUUACGUUCAGGGAGAUCAUUAUCCCCGCCCGCAUCUGUUGAACUAUCAGGUCCUCCUCAUCCAAAAUCAUAUAUGGAGAUAAUGGCCAUGGUCCAAAGAGGGGAGAAGCCUUCUAACAUCAGAGAGAUCAAUGAUUUACCCCCCAACCCAAGUCAACAGCAGUCAGAUCCUCGCAUAUUGCCUAGAUCUAAGCCUUGGGAGAUUGGUCAGGUUCAAAACGUGUCUAGCCAAGUGUUUCAGCCUCAAGCAUAUGGUGAGGAAUUGUAUACCAAAGUCCAAGAUACUACUCAAUCAAAUGGGGAUGACCCAUCCCCCUGGUGGCAGAAGAAAAAUGUCAGAAUCAGGGAGAUUGAUGAAAGUGCGUCUAAUGGAGCACCUUAUGGCACCACGCCCAGUCAGCAGCCCCUACAACGUGUGUGGGUUCCUCCUCAACCUCCACCCAUAGCUAUGGCAGAAGCUGCAGAAGCAAUCAGACGCCCCAAACAAGCAGUUCAAAAAGAACAGGUGUCAGAUAAUCAGUCAGUAGCUCAAUCUUCAGAUACCUCUAACUCUAAUGGGGUGCAUGAGAUCCCAAAACCAUUGGAAACUGAUGUUGCUGUAGAGGUAAGCAAUGUUAGCUCUGGUGAGAUACAAGUCGUACAAGAGGACCACGAAACCAAAUAA